AUGCCAAGAAAUGCAGAAGUCCAUAUAUGGCACGGGAAAUACCCUGUUGCAGGAAUAUGCAAAAAUAGAAAACACCGAUUGGUGGGACUUCAAGAACAAUUGUCGAAAGAGGGACAUACUACUUAUCUCCACGAUUUGAGUGACUUUUAUGAAAUCACCGAAAUAAAAGUUAAUGAAGAGGUUGUUCAUCACUGCAAAAUUACUGAUUUUCAGUUUGGAGGUGAUGGGGAGCUGGAUCCGCUAUGCAAACUAAUUGUAGAUAAAGUCAAUACUGCAUAUUAA